AUGCAGAAUCUCUUUGAGCAGAACUUAGACAUGGCCACGGCACUGCUUGCAGGGGAGAAGCUGAAGGAGCUGAUCAUGCCGGGGUCCACACAGGACGAGAAGGGUGGUGCACUAGCCUGUCUAAUGGUGCAGAUCAAACUGGAGCUGCCUUUCGAUAGGGUUGUUACUAUUGGAACAGUCAUCAUCCCCAUUCUGUUAGUCACUCUGGUCUUCACACGAAACUUCGCAGAGGAAUCUAUAUACUGUUACACCCCACACAACUUUACUCGUGACCAGGCUCUCUAUGCAAGAGGUUACUGCUGGACAGAACUGUGUGAUGCUGUACCUGGUGUGGAGCCUGAACGCCGGCCAUCAUUGUUCGAGCACAAGUUUUUGCCCUAUGCCCUGCUGGCAUUUGCUGGUAUCAUGUAUAUACCAGCACUAGGCUGGGAGUUCAUGGCAUCUACUCGCCUUACCUCAGAACUCAACUUUCUCCUCCAAGAGAUCGACAACUGCUACCAUCGUGCCGCUGAGGGCCGUGCACCAAAGAUCGAGAAGCAGAUCCAGUCUAAAGGGCCUGGGAUCACUGAGCGCGAGCGGCGGGAGAUCAUUGAAAAUGCUGAGAAGGAGAAGAGUCCUGAGCAGAACCUUUUUGAAAAAUAUCUAGAACGCAGAGGACAAAGUAACUUUUUAGCAAAGCUGUAUUUAGCCAGGCAUUUGGCCAUCAUUUGUCUUAGUUCUAUUCCUAUUACCUACUUGAGUACAUACUAUGCCUGGCAGCGGCAAAAUGAGUUCACCUGUAUGCUUGGUGAGCCACCUGACAUCAGUAGCAUUCCUGCCAUGCACCUCACCGUAAACUGCAAACUGCCAGCUGUGCAGCUCCAGCGCAUUAUGGCCGCCGUAGACAUUGCGCUGCUCUGCACUAUGAACCUCAUUAUUUUAGUUAACCUGCUUCAUCUGUUCGUUGUGCGCAAAUCCAACUUUGUUUUUGACAAGCUGCACAAAGUUGGCAUUAAGACAAGACGUCGUUGGCAGAAGUCACAGUUCUGUGACAUUAACAUCCUUGCUAUGUUUUGUAAUGAGAACAGAGACCACAUCAAGUCUCUGAACAGGCUGGACUUCAUCACCAAUGAGAGUGACCUCAUGUAUGACAACGUGGUACGACAGUUAUUGGCUGCGUUAGCUCAGUCCAACCAUGAUGCCACACCUACUGUUAGAGACUCUGGGAUCCAAACAGUUGACCCCAACAUGGAUCCAUCAGUAAUUGGGGUUGGAGUGAUGGGAGCCGAAACUGUUAAAAGACCCCGGAAGAAGAUAAAGUGGAUCCCUACGACUAAUCAUCUACCACAAUCAUUUAAAGAACCUUCAACUCUGACUCGGCUUGAGAACAGCAUAAAAGCUGAAAAACCUAAACCUGUGCGGCGGAAAACGGUAGCAGACAGCAUCAUUGCUCCUCUACUGGACAGCAAGAGCACACAGUACCCUCCAAAAGCUACAGACACAAACAAUGGCACAGAGAAGAAGCAUGCUCGGAACUUCUCUCUGGACGUUCAUCCAUACAUGUCAACCAUCCAGAAGCCGAAACCAGAAGUUAUUACUCCUCAGCCCCCAGCCGCUGAUCAUUCUCUGGACUCUGUGUUCAUAGAGGGCACACACUCUGUUGUCCAUGUGUCCUCCGCUCUCAAUGAAAAGAAUGAACCACCUUCCACUGAUGUAUUUCCCUCAACUACCCUUCCUACGUCCUCCUUUAUAAAUGGAGAACCCUCUACUUUGCCUCCUGACUUUUCCAAAAACAAGGAGCUAAUCAAUCCGAACCCAGAGUCUGAGAACCAAUCAACAUCUUACAACUGCAACUCCUCACACCCGCUGCUUAGCAUGCACCACACACUGUACGAGGAGGAGGAAGAUGAGCAAAGCAGCAGUGACAAAUUGGUGGAGCAACCUGUCAAGCUCAUUGCUGCCGGGGAGUGUUGAAGACGCGCACAAAAGUACACAAGCACACUUUUUAGAAUUUAUAUAUAUUAUAUAUUUAAC